AUGACGGGUUAUGACCUUCUCGCCGAGGCAGAAUGCUUAGCCUGGGAAACAGGAGAGUACCUGGACUUCUUCAAGGGCUCGUUUAACGUCUGCUUCCACAUCGGCUUUGGGGAGGGACAGCCCAGCGCCCUGAUUCGGUUUGCUAAACCGAGUCACACGCUCUCCUCCAGGCGGGAUGAGAAGGUCUCGAACGACAUUCGAGUGAUCGAGUUCUCCGCGAACACACCACCAUCCCAGCCCCCAACGUUCUGCUGUUGGGGCCUGUCCGACAAAAGCCCGGCCCAGUUAGGGCCAUUCAUCAUGUGGACUUCAUCGAAGGGGUACGCAUACGACCAAGCCGAGCUCAUCCUCGACCCGGCCAUCCCCUCCGCAACCCUCGACACCAUCUACGACCAACUUGCCUCCCACCUCCUUCAGAUCUCCCGUCUCACAUUUCCCUCCAUUGGUGCUAUCUCUAAGGAAGCAGCCACUCAAUCUGGACCGAGCUCGCAACUAAACACCGGCUUCCCCCAUUCCCACCUCCCUACGACUCCCUUCCCAACCGCCACCCCCUUCCUUCAUUCCCUCACGGAAACCCACCUCCGCCAUUUCCAAUCCCAACGCAACCUCUGUCAAGACGGGCAGAACGUCCGCAAACGCUUCAUAGCCCGCCGCAAGCUCCAGCAUUUCCUCCCCAAGUGCACAACACAGAAGGACGACCCAUCCCCCCUGUUCAACGACGACCUCCAACCGACCAACAUCCUGAUCAACCCGUCCACUCUCAAAAUCACGGGCAUCAUCGACUGGGAGUUCACCAACGCCAUGCCGGCGCAGUUCAUCCACGACCCGCCGUGGUCGCUGCUGCUGCGCGGGCCGAACGUGUGGAUCGACCGGUUCGGCGGCAUAGCACAGUUCCUCGAGCGGUAUGUGCCGCACGUGGAGCAGUUCGUCAGGUCCCUGGUGAGGGCCGAGGCAAAAGAGCACGACGCGGCGGCGACGGCGGCUAGGGCCGGGGAGCACGCGGUAGUGCAGGGAGAGGAGGAGAGAUUAUCCACAAGGAUGUGA